AGCAGCAAGAAAACACAAGGAUAAGUACAGUGUCCGGGCCGUUGCAAAAAUCUUAGCCUCUUAUGAUAUCUGCCGUUGCCAUCUCAAUUCAGUGGGCACCGCUCGCGGCGCCACCGCAUGACGAGACAACGCGGUUUCCGUGGCGUGUAGCAGCAGGCAGCAGCAGCAGCCAGCCUCGAGCUCAUCUGCAAUGGCGCCCCGCGCCAAGACGGCGCCGCCGUGCGCCGUGCAUCGAUCUUGCAGAUGAAACGGCUCUCUUUGUCAUCUCAUCUCCAUCGCCUCGUAUAUAUCUGUUCCCUAGCCUAGCUAGCUAGCUAUCCUGCAUUGCAUUGCACUCGCGUUCGCGUACUUACGUUGUCGUCGUCGAUCAUCUGAUCACCAUGUACGACGCCGUCGCCUGCGUCGUCGCCGUCGUCGUCGUCGUCGUCUUCGCCAUGCUUUGGGUGAAGCUGGCGAGGAGUGGUGAUGGUGGUGGUGGUGGUAGUGGUGGCGUGAGGCUGCCGCCUGGGCCGUGGCGGCUGCCGGUCAUCGGGAGCCUGCACCACGUGGUGGGCGACCGGCUCCUCCACCGCUCCAUGGCGCGCAUCGCGCGCCGGCUCGGCGACGCGCCGCUCGUGUACCUGCAGCUCGGGGAGGUCCCCGUCGUGGUGGCCUCGUCGCCCGGCGCCGCGCGCGAGGUCACGCGGACGCACGACCUCGCGUUCGCCGACCGGGCGCUCAACCCGACCGCGCGGCGGCUGCGGCCCGGCGGCGCCGGGGUGGCGCUCGCGCCGUACGGCGCGCUGUGGCGUCAGCUCCGCAAGAUCUGCGUCGUCGAGCUCCUCAGCGCGCGCCGCGUCCGGUCGUUCCGCCGCGUCCGGGAGGAGGAGGCCGGCCGCCUCGUGGGCGCGCUCGCCGCCGCCGCCGCGUCGCCCGGCGAGGAGGCGGCCGUCAACUUCACCGAGCGGAUCGCGGAGGCCGUCUCGGACGCGGCGCUGCGCGCCAUGAUCGGGGACAGGUUCGAGCGGCGCGACGAGUUCUUGCAGGAGCUCACCGAGCAGAUGAAGCUCCUCGGCGGGUUCAGCCUCGACGACCUGUUCCCGUCGUCGUGGCUGGCGAGCGCCAUCGGCGGCAGGGCGCGGCGAGCGGAGGCGAACAGCAGGAAGCUCUACGAGCUCAUGGACUGCGCCAUCCGGCAGCACCAGCAGCAGCGGGCGGAGGCCGCCGUGGUAGACGGCGGCGCCGGCGUCGAGGACGACAAGAACCAAGACCUCAUAGACGUGCUCCUGAACAUACAGAAACAAGGGGAGCUCGAGACGCCUCUCACCAUGGAACAAAUCAAAGCUGUUAUCCUUGAUCUCUUUAGUGGAGGUAGCGAGACAUCGGCGACUACGCUUCAAUGGGCGAUGUCGGAGCUAAUAAAGAACCCAAUGGUUAUGCAAAAGACACAAGCCGAGCUACGUGACAAACUUAGGAGAAAGCCAACUGUGACAGAGGAUGAUUUGUCUGGCUUAAAGUAUGUAAAGCUCAUUAUUAAGGAGACCCUAAGGCUUCACCCUGUGGUACCACUGCUUGUCGCAAGAGAGUGUCGUGAAUCAUGUAAAGUCAUGGGGUAUGAUGUUCCAAAAGGCACCACUGUAUUUGUUAACGCGUGGGCUAUCGGCAGAGACCCAAAGUACUGGGAUGACGCUGAGGAGUUUAGACCAGAACGGUUUGAACACAGUACUGUUGACUUCAAGGGCAUAGACCUCGAGUUCAUACCGUUUGGCGCAGGACGAAGAAUAUGUCCUGGUAUGGCAUUCGCAGAAGCAAUCAUGGAACUUCUGCUUGCUGCGCUGCUCUACCACUUUGACUGGGAACUCCCUAAUGGAAUGGCAGCGAGCGAGCUGGAUAUGACAGAGGAGAUGGGCAUCACCGUCCGGAGGAAGAAUGACCUUCACCUCCGCCCCCAUCCUCCGUGUGUUGUAAGGUCAAACUUCCGUAGUUUUGUUGAGAGAGAGAGAGAGAGGCACUUCGUGUAGAUAAAUAAAAUGGGUUACAAUAUGAUUUCAUAUAAUAGGGGAAAGUUUUAAGACUAGAAACUUCAGUAUUAAAUGAGUCAGAAAAAAGUUGGUGCAUCGACAAGUUUCAUUCUUAAGACAUUCUAGCUCUGUGAUGACCUCGAUGGAACCAUACUACCAUAGAGAUUUGUGUUUUGAAACUGGAAGCUAGCUGGAUUAUGCUGUUCGAGAAAUGCAUACAAUUUUCCACGAUAAAUACAUUAAA